AUGAGUGUAAUCUGCCACGCUUGCACCAAUGAUGUCCAAGAGGAACGCAUUACCUGCCGUGGGUUCUGUAGCGCGGUGUUUCACCUAAAAUGCUGUCACCUGCCAAGUGAAAUGUUGGAUGAAAUCGAUCGGAAUAGGCAGCUCUUCUGGAUGUGUAAAUCCUGUGCUGCCAUAAUGUCAGACGUUCGUCACAAGAAAAACGUGAAGGCUGCUUACGAUGCUGGUUUGGAGAAACAACUGAGCGGUCAUACUGAGCUACUGGGGAAACUAAAACUGGAAAUUCUGGAGGAAUUGAAAAACGAAAUUCGAUCCAACUUCACAAAGUUGACCAAUACCACUUCCACCACUCCGGUGUCCUCUAGACGGUCUGGUAAUAGGUCACGCACCAUAGGAAGCCGACGGUUAUUCGAGAAAAAGGACAAUAACUUGCCACCUCUUAUGACUGCUACCGGAGAUUCGCCGUCUCCAAGUCUAGGCCGUCUAACUGUUCCCGUUUCUAAGGAUAAGUUUUGGUUAUACCUAUCUCGGAUUUCCCGUGACGUUUCUGCUGAGCAGAUCACCGAACUUGCCAAGCAUCGUUUGUCAACUGAGGAUGUUGAAGUUAUCCGACUGGUUGCUAAGAGUAAAGAUAUCCAAACCAUGUCGUUUGUCUCCUUCAAAGUAGGCGUCUCUACAAAUUUGAAGGCGAAAGCAUUGUCGUCCUCUACAUGGCCCAAAGGAAUGCUGUUUCGUGAAUUUGUUGACAACCGCAAAGCCGAAAAUUUUUGGAAGCCGCCUGGAUUGCCAAUAAAUACACCGCAGACAACUCCGAAAUCCAGCGAGUCACCUCAUCAAAUGCCUAUGACGGAGUGA